UCACCGGAAAUACACUGCGGCAAUGUCAGUCUUAAUUCUUGCGCAGAGCGAUUGACCUUGGAAAAAAUUUGUUCUAUCAAUUUUUGGGCAUAUUCCUGAAUUUUACAGCGAAGCAGCCUUUCCGAAAAUGACUGACACAACUUUAAAGUUUGGACCAGAAUGGUUGAGAGCCCUUACUGAACCUCAGCAUGCUACUGUCAACUAUACACCGCCUCUACCUAACAUGAAGCUAGCAGACUUUAGAUAUGGAAGGGAGGAGAUGCUCGCCUUAUUUGAUAAAGAUGCACUUCCGGCCGAAGAUUUAUUUUCCCUUGGAACACUCUUCGUCGAGAAAUGUCAGUUUCCUCUCAAUCUUAUUCAGAUGGGAGAAGAGGAAACUCGACUUUGGCAGAGAGGCGCCAACAGUGACGCCAGCCUUCGCCCUUUUGGUGUGCAGGGAAAACGCCCACCGUCCCCAACCCGGGGGCGGGGGCGUGGUCGAGGUGGUGCUGCAUAUCCCCACUACGAGCGGAACCGGUUGAAUGAUGAGGAGUCCGACCUAAAAGGAAGGAUUGACCGCGAGGACCGAGGAUAUAUUUCAGGGCGGGGAAGGAGUGUAGGCUUCGAGAGACAAGGUGGAGGAUGGUUUGACUCUGGGGAGAAGGUUAAAGAGGAGGACAAGGAUGCUGCUAGCCCCAGGAAAAACUAUUCUCGUGCUCCUGCCGAGGAUUGGAGAGGAAGGACUGGAGAGGGUCCUAAACCUAAGAAUGAUGAUGGUUGGAGAAGUGUUCCUAGUUCACGAGGUUGGAGUAAUGGUCCUGUAUCUAGCUCUUGGAGGAACAAUGACAGGAUUAACAACGGGAAAAUGCAACGAGCUGACCCACGAGAUGGACGGAUCGGUGGAGAUCCUAGAAGCUCAGGUGAUCGCUGGAGGAAAGAUGACGAUGAUCAAUUUCAAAACGCUCGUCCAGGUGCAGUGCGAAGACGUCAGGAGAGUGAUCAUCUUCCUGAAUGGGCGAUUGAUGAUCCAACCGAAGGAGGAACAUUCGACGAUUCCGGGAAAUUUAAAGCGGAGCAGAUGAACCACUUGGCGGCGCAGCAGAACAAGUGGGAUGAAGGAGACAAGUGGGAUGAAGAAGAAGUUGACCCUGAGGAAUUACCCAACUCCGAACCAUCCAAAGCUCCAUCGGAAACUCCAAUAACCGUGGAAAACCCGGCAAUUUCAAAACCACCGAUCCCUAAGCCCGAACCUUUGAACGAGAGCUCUAAACCAGCUCCUCGCGAUGUCGGAGAUAAUGAUAAAACCACUUCUGGGGAUACCGGUGAAAAUGUUAGACAGGACGAGAUGGACGCUAUGGUUGGGCACCUGGCGUCCAUGAUAGGAGAGGAUGAUAAUCGAAAUGUUUUGAAGAACACCCCGCCCCCAGGAGUUGGGAUGGAUAUUGAAGAAUCAUCCUGGACCUACCUAGAUCCUCAGGGGCAGGUUCAAGGACCUUUUAAAUCCGAUGAAAUGUUAGAAUGGUGCACUGCUGGAUAUUUCCCUCAUGAUCUCAUGGUCCAGAGAAACAUGGAUUCUAAUUUCACUCCGUUGUCGGAGUUGACCAAACUUUACGGUAGAAAUCCCUUUACUCCUGGACCUAUUCCCCCACCCAUUAAUAACAAUAUGAUCGAGGAACAGCUGAAACAGCAGCAGUUAAUGCAGCUUCAUCAGCUCUACUUGCAACAACAACAUCAGCAACAGCAACGGUUACUGGCACAGCAGCAGUUACUGUUGCUUCAUCAGCAGCAACAACAACAGCAGCAGCAGAUUCCAGAUCUGUCCAAUCUGCUAUUCAAUUCUACCAAUCCUUUGGUCAAUAAAAUAAUGCCUGACCCUAGGGCAGAUUUUCUGGGUGGGUAUGAUAAUGAUCCGCUCAGAAACCUUUUGGCAAACCUUAAUAAGCCCCCAGAGCUUGCCUCCAUUAACAAUUUGUUACCACAAAGCCAUGGUAACGUGAUGCUUCCUGGUUUAGAUUUAAACCCGAGGCUAAACAGUUCAGGAAACUCGCACAGUGUGUCCCCUUCCACGGAUCCAUACGAAAUCCUGCUCCAGCAAGAUUUCAAGUCCAGGAUGCAGGCAGAGGAGGAGAUUAAUCCUAACAGAGACUUUGAUCCUAUACAAUCUCUUCUGCUACAGCUACAGAGUAAAUCGCAGAGUAAUUCAAGUGAUCAAAACUCUCCGCUCUCAUACCGUAAAGAUAUGAGUGAACAGAGCCCAGUUGCUAACUCAGACUUUUCCGGAGAUGGCCCACUAGCUGAUCAUUUUAGAGAAAAUCAAACUGACUCCGGACACGCUAUUUCUAAUCUCCAGACCGAGCCUAACGAAUCAGAGUUUCCUGAACCUCCGGUUGAAAUUAUUGAUAAAUCCGAAGUCUCUCAAUUUGAAGUUCCAAAAAGUCGAGAGAAGAAGGAUAGAAAGAGCAAAAAAGCUGAGGAGAAGAGAAAAGCUAAAGAAUCCAAAACUAACGGAAUAUCAGAUGUGCCAUAUAUCCCGGGUAUGCCUGGAAGCUUGCAACCUGUUGAGCAGAUUGUUAUCCAACCAGAACCUGAGGAGGAAUAUAAUGAACCUGAGUACCUGAAACCGGUUCACGUACCGGAACCUAAAGUGGAAAAGAAAAGGAUUGAGAUCCCCGUGAAACCUGCUCCUUGGGCUAAGAAGGAAGUAGUUGUAAAGAGUAACAAUGAAAACAGUUUAUUGUCUCUACAGGAGAUUCAGAAGCUUGAAGCUGAGAAGGAGCGGCAGGAGAAACUUGCGAGGGAUCAGGCCGAGGCGGAGGCUCGUGAGGAAAUGCGGCGGAGAGAAGAUGAAGAAAGACUCCGCAGAUCAAAGCAGGCGAACUGGUCCGCCGCACCUUCCUACUCCGGGCAGGUGAAGAGUCUGGCAGAGAUCCAGGCGGAGGAGGCGAGGGUGGAACGGGAGAAGAACGAGAAGGAGGCGAAGGAUAAGAAAAAACGUGUGAAAGAACUCAGCGGUAAAGCGACGAACUGGAACUCGAAAUCAAGUACGAGCUGGGCGGGUAAAAUCGCUGCAUCGGCAAAUAUACCUCAAACCAAACUAAUUGGUAACACAACUUUAGCUCAAGGAACAAGUGAAAGUGCUACUGUUGUUGCCCCUGAAGGAUUCUGGGACCCUGUGGUAACAGUUAAAAGCCCAGAUAAGGUUCCAACUCUGCCAGUAAAUAAGAAAAAGAAGAAGGUUGCUGAACCAGUGGAGAAGGAUCGGGGUAAAGAGUUUGACUCCUGGUGCGUAAGUGCUCUUGACGGUUUAGGAGCACAGGUUGAUAUCCCAACCUUCCUCGCCUUUCUCAAGGAUAUUGAGUCUCCUUAUGAGGUACAUGACUAUGUGAAGUCCUAUGUCGGUGAAGGGAAGACACAGAAACAGUUUGCUGUUGAUUAUCUUGAACGGAGAUCACGAUGGAAGAAUGCUAAGAAGCGUGGAACCAAGUAUGAAGACGAUCUUACAACACCGGCCCUUGCCAUCACUCCUGGGGAAGGAGAAUUCCAGGAAGCUACGAGGAAGGGAAAGAAGAAAAGUAAGAAUAGUAAAUCCAACCUAAAUCAUCUUCUGGGCUUCUCAGUUCAAGGACAGGGGGUGAAUAGAGGAGAACUGGAUGUUCCACAUUAAAUAUAAUUUUCAUCGCUAAUCCCUUCCUCGUUAAUUCCUUCCAGACGCUUCCUUGGUCAUUAAUAUCUUGUUUAACCUUAUUUUGUUAUACGUUCCUGCUCUUCACUCGUUAUCCAGUCCUAGAUUCUUUCUCGUCCGUCCAAUCUUGAUCUUCCUCAUGUACCUCUCUUGGAAUACAUUCUUGAUCUUCCUCGUUAAUCCAUGCAUCCUCCUCUGCCGAGAUUCAUUCUUGAUCCUUUCUCAUUAUUCCAUAAAUCGUCCUAUACCGUGAUCUUUACUUCAUUCUUACUCAUCCUUUCCUUGCCUCAUUUUCCCUUCCUUAAUCAAGAUUUAUGCCUCUAAAUUUUCAUGCAUGUUGAUAAAUAAGAAUAUUCUCGUAUGGUUACGAGAACCUUGGUUUUUAUAUUUUAAAUCCAUACUAUCAACAGAACCCUCGUUUUUAUGAAUUGAUGUAUUCCCUUCUACUUACCAAAUUUUUAGAUUUUUGUUCUUACUUCUAAUCUUAAUUUUUCUUUCUAAUGGUUUACUUACCAUGAACCCUACGGUUAACCUAUCCUACUUCUAACAGAACUGUGAAUCCUACGGUUAACCUACCCUACUCCCUAACAGAACCAUGAAUCCCUCGGUUAACCUACCCUACUGCUAACAGAACCAUGUAUCCCGCGGUUAACCUACCCUACUCGUAACAGAAUCAUGAAUCCCACGGUUAACCUACCCUACUCCUAACAGAACCAUGAAUCCCACGGUUAACCUACCCUACUCCUAACAGAACCAUGAAUCCCACGGUUAACCUACCUUACUCCUAACAGAACCAAUAAUCCUUUGGUGAACCUACCCUACUCCCAACAGAACCAAGAAUCCUAUGUUUAGGCUACCCUUCUCCCAAAUGAACCAAGAAUCCUAUGGUUAGCCCAUCCUACUCCUAGCAGAACUAAGAAUCCUAUGGAUACCUUACUCCUAACAGAACCACGAAUCCCAUAGUUUACCUACCCUCCCCUAACAGAACCACGAAUCCCAUGGUUUACCUACCCUCCUCCUAACAGCACCAAGGAUCCUACAGUAAACCUACCCUACUCCUAACAGAACCUAGAAUCCCAUGAGUAACAUACCCUACUCUAUCCAACCAGUCAAACUUUUGAUAAUUCUAAAUAAAAGUGAUAGAAUUUA